GCUCCCGGGGCCGUCAGAGCCGGGUGGAGGAGUUCACAGGGUCUUGGCUUCUGCUGGCCCAGAGCUGCACCCUGCUCCCAAGUCGAGAACAGCAGAAGGACGGAGGAUCAAGGACCCCACAACUCACGAACCAGCUCACGAACCAGUGUACUCGGCACUGUGUACACUAAGGUGGGUCGGAGUUUAGGAAGUGCGCCUGCGCAGUACUGCUUCCGGUCUGAGGGAUUGCGCUUGCGCAUCGCUGCUUUUUCCGCCUUCUCCCGCUGCAGCAAAGGCUCAAGGGUGCAGACUUGUGUCCUUACCAAUGGACCUGAUUGGUUUUGGUUAUGCAGCUCUUGUGACCAUUGGAAGUGUUUUGGGAUAUAAGCGAAGAGGUGGAGUUCCGUCUCUGAUUGCUGGGCUUUCUGUUGGACUUUUGGCUGGCUAUGGAGCCUACCGAGUCUCCAAUGACAAACGAGAUGUCAAAGUGUCAUUGUUUACAGCUUUCUUCCUGGCCACCAUAAUGGGUGUGAGAUUUAAGAGGUCCAAGAAAGUAAUGCCUGCUGGUCUAAUUGCAGGCUUAAGCCUCAUGAUGAUCCUGAGACUUGUCCUGCUGCUGCUUUAGCACCUAGAGAAGCCGAGAGCCAAACUCCCAGCAUGCUACUGUGCCUGGCACAGCAGCUUCCUGCAUGGAAGUGAUCAUUUUAAAUAUAGGAGAAAUGUCUCAUAUUGAAAUAAAAAUAAUGUCACCCUAAUAUAUAAAAAUAAUUGGCAAUAUUUAUUUGUCCUCCCCCAAUGCCUUUUUAGUCACUGCACAAAUUUUAGAUGUUUCUAUUUGUCAGUCCUGAUCUUUGAUGAAUUGUUACAUGCUCAUUUGCUUUGUAUCAUUUUAUUUCUGGAAAUUGGAGUUUGCUAUUUUCUGCUUUUGACAGUCCCAAACACUAUGACUAGAGUAAGUUAAAUACGUUUAAGUUAACUGCAACCUUUCAGACAAUGGGAUUCCUGGAGAGGACCACAGGGAGUGUUAAUGAGUUGUGUGUCACUCUGUACAUCAUGGGGUUUAUUUGUAUUAUUGGGGUGGGUGGGGCUUGCAUAGAAGAAAUUUUAUUCUCUGCACAUCAGCAUCCUGACAGAAUGUACUCAGUCAAAUAAAAUAAAAUACAUCUUAUUCUAAGCCUU